AUGCAGUUUUCCACUCUACUCAAAAUCUCUCCUCUACUGCUGGCAGUCUUUGCCCAGGCGGGCCACAACUGCAAGUGCCAGGACGGCAAUGGGCAGUACAAUGGGUUCACUCGGUCAUGCUGCGACGAUCAACGUGGAGGUGGCAUCUUCAGCGAUAUUACUUAUCACGAUGACCAGGUUCAUCAGUGCACUUCAGCUAGCAACCACCUCGACAGCGGUGCGUUUGUUCGAUGCUGUCAGGGCCAUGGAGUUGGAGGCGCUUUCUGUUGGGACUAG